AUGUUUAUUUCGGCAGCGUUAUUUAUCAGUGAAGUUUUGCGGGACGAUCAAUUCAUCGCGAAAAAAGAGGUGGAAGAGGUAAGUAAGUUUUCUUCGAACGUUAAAAGAAAAUCGAAAAUGGGAGAAAUUUUUUAUUUAAGAACUUCGAACAAUAGAAAAAAUUUAGAAAGUUUUUGAAAAGGUUUCGAAAAACAUUGAAAGUGAAGUACUUGAACUUUUAAAUGCUCACCAAAAGGUCCAAAAAUCUCUUUGUCAGCGAGACUGAUUUCAUUUUACCUUUUAAGAUUGUUGAAAAGCCACAGAGGUCCUAGGAAGUCUUAUUUUUCACCUUAGCUCUUGUUGGACUUGGUCCAUGACUAUCACUUUAUAUUUGGUAAGGUCAGUUUUGACGUUUUUCAGGCGUCAGAGCGUCGAAAAGUUCAAAAACUGACCUUUGAAAUCGAAAAAUUGAGGCGAAUUCGUAGCGACCAGAUCUCCAAAAACUAGAAGUCCAUAAAAUAUUAAUGGAUUCCUACAGGGGAUUUCAAAUUUUACAUAUAAACAAUCUCGGUUCUAAAAGGGGAGUAACAAAAAAAGAAAGUUUGAUAAUUUGAAGAGACGUUACUGGGUGGAAAAUUAAAAAAUGACCGUGUAAAAUUUGAAAAAUGACCGUGGUCACUAAUGAAACUACUAUAGUAGCCAUUAUAACUAGACACCUGAAGUGCUCACUAAAAUUUUUCCCGAUGCGAAUUUCCAGGCCUACGACCAAGUGCCCGAUUGUCUUUGGAGCGAGAAAGUCUACGUGGUGAACAUGAAGAAUCCGUACGUGACGGCAGUGGUCGUCGCCGUCACGACGGUCUGUCUUCUGGUGAUCGUCUUCGCGACGGCCGCCGCCACUUUUGUCUUCGCCACCUUCCAGACCAACGUCUACAAAAUGUCGCAGAGGACCUUGAAGCACCACAAAUCUCUGGUCUACUCUUUGAUAGGAAUGGUCGGUCGUCUUUUUUUUUUUCUUAAACUUGAAGCUUAUAGAGGAAAGAGCUUACCAAAGUGCUUAAUCGGGGUUAGCAUUUUUAUUGAAGAAGAAGAAAGUUCUUGGCUACUAAGCGAGAGGCGCAGUUUUUUUUUUGACAUGUUGGGAAUAAGGGUGACCUCUGAAGCAAAUGAGAACGGAAUUUUUCAGAAAAUUUCCAAUUAUUAAGAGUAUGAUUUUUCCUUAUUUUUGAAGAAAAUAGCGACUAGUCGAGAUUUCUAAAAGAAAUAAACUGUAAAAAGGCAUAGGUACGACUUUAACCCAACUUCCAUAGAGCAAAGAUGCUUACAGAAAAGAGAUUUCAAAGGCCAAUUAUUUGCAUCCAACCUCAAACUUAAAUACUCAGGUAUCCGUCCACGUGCUUGUCGGCCUGUUACCAGUUCUACUCGGCACGGUCACUUUCCGUUGGGAUUUGGGAUAUCGAAGUGAGUACGAACCAUGAUUUUAUCAAUGGAGCGCAGAUGAAUUUCAGAGACUCUAAACGCCUUUUUAUUGAUAUUUUCCUGGCAUGGGACCUGUUCAACCUUGGCAAUGUUAACGUUGACCACCGCCUAUCGGAAUGUUUCGAUCGAAGUUUUGAAAAAAGGUGGGUUGAGAGCGACACAGCCCGAAGGUUCUUGAAAAAGGAAAAGAAAAAGGAAAAAGGGCUAUUCAUUAAUUCAAUCCUUUACUAUAACUUAUUAUGACCUUCUUUUAUUCAACACACCUUAUCCUUCUAAAAAGGACCUUUCCGAUAAAAAUUCGUGAAAACGGGAAAGACUUUUGAAAAAUCUUUUGUUUUUCUGAAGACCCGCGUCAGGUACUUUUGGACUAUAGUGUAUGAAUCAGAGGCCAAACAAGUUAAAUUAUAUGUUCAGAAACAUAAAAAAAAAUCCUUAGUUUCUGCGUUUUUCGCAAUUUGAAAACUUUUCUUGAGCCUAGGAAAAACUAUGUUCUAUUGGAGCUUUAUACAAGGACCAAAAAAACGUCAAUUCCCAAAAAAACUCUGACAACUCACUAAAACCUUAAUAUUCUCAAGCAAUUUUUUCGAUCUUCUAAAAAUGUUUUUUCAGGAUUCACAGAGCUAUUGAAGCUGAUCCGAGGCGAGCCACAGCUAGUUCCAGCCUGGUUCUACCAAACUCCGCUAGGAAAACCAAGUCGUCGAAUUUUGAUAAGACCUCUGGCGACGAUACACGUCGACAUGAACCUCAGACAUUGAUUAAAACAAAUAAAAAGGUUUUUUAUUGAUAAAAUGACGAAAAGAAACAAAUUUGACCAAAGAACCAUAACGAAUCACCAAAAAGCAGUCUUGAAGUCAAACACAUCUUUAAAAGAAAAAAAAAGCUGAAAUUCGGUGGAAACCCCCAAAUUUUCUUUAACGACUACUCAUCCUAGCAUACCUCAAAAAAAAAAAGCAAAUUGCACGAAAUAUAAAGAAUCGACUCUCGUAUUAGAUCAUUUCAAUCCAACAAAUGCCUUGUCCCGAGUGGAAUUCGACCCUUUAUCAGUGGAUUUUGCAUCUUCAAGUGAUAAUAUCCCUUCCUGUCUAUUUAUUCGCUUCCUUUUGUUUGUUGAAAAAAUCGCCUCCAGCCUUCAAAGCUUAUUCUCAGCGAAUGUUUGCUCAUAUUACAAGGUAACCUUUAAAUUAUCACAAAACUUCAGGUAGAAAACAAGCAUUCAAAUUGGUAAGUCGCAAAACUCAGUUCAAAAUGUUUCAGCCUUUAAAAAGAGCCCUAAAAGACGAUAAGUCCAAUCCGCUCCAUUAGGAUAAUGCUAGCCUUGAAUCGAGUAUAGCUGUUUAAUCGAGUAUAGCUGUUUAUACUUCAGUUUAAAAAAAUUUGUUAAAAAUUCAGAAAAGGCAUUAUUCUAUGAUUUUUUUCCCUGGAACGCAUUUGCAUACUCCAAACUAUAUUUUUAAAAAGCUGUUUUUCUAAAGAUUUUUUUAAUUGUGAAACAAUUUUAAACCAAAUUUACAUGAGCUUAAAACUUUUAUCAGCUGCAAUUUGGCUGAACCAAGUUUUCAUGGCCUAUUUCGCUUGAAUGUUUUGUUCAUGAAAACUUUCAAUUUCUCUGAGUUUAAUUUCUGGAAACUUAUUUUCAAAUAUUUCAUUUUUAAUUUUGAUUCAAAAAUAAUUUUUAUAUAAACUUCUACUAUUCUUUAAAAAAAUUAAAGGAGCCAACAUUGAAGCGAUGCAAUGAAAAAAAACCUCUCAACAACUUUUUCAGCUGCUUCGUGGCUGAAACGAACUUCUGCGCUGGUGUGACUCCUGUAGUUAUGUUACCACUUACGACCUUCUAUCCCUGUGGCUGGCUCCGAUUUCUGGGAAUUCCCACCCUUUUCCAAAUCUACAUCAUGCUCACUCUGUUCUCUUGUGAGUAGCUUACCCAAAGUAAUGUCUCCGAUUUCAAAUCAUCGUUUGCAGUAGCUCUAUGUACGACGAUACAUUUAUACAUCUAUCGAUUGGUCGCAGUCUUACCAAACGGACAAAACUCAACGAACAAAAAUAAAUCAAUAAAUCGGAUGAUUCCUGGAUUCAUUUUCACAAUUGGAGUUUUGUUUAUUCCGAUUUUCAACACGCUACUUUUAAAUAACAACCAAGUCCCUCUCAAGAUCAAAAUCAUUGAGGUUCGGCUCUUUGAGUUCAACGAAAAUAAUAAAACAGACAAAAUGAAGAAAAAUAUGAAAAAGAAACAAGAUCUAGUAGGAAGGCGCAAAUUUAAUUUGAAGAAUAGAGUAAAUAAAAAUUAGUGAUCUCUAGACAAAAGUAGAGUUAAAAAAAGUUUUGAUAAGGUGAAUCUAAUCGCAGUUACUUUCAGAGAUUUCUAUAAAAUAUGAGGUUGAGUUUUGUUGCCAUUUUCGUCUGUUUCUAAAAACUUUCCUGACAAAAUAGUUGCAAAAAACUGAGAAUUUGAUUAAGAAAACAGGAAAGUACGCUUCAAAAAUCGGUUGAAAAAGUCACGAAAUUCAGGAUUUGGACGGCUGUGCUCCUGCGAACCUGAUGGACCCCAAUCUCUACAUAAUCAACCUGGAAGAUCCAAGAAUCCAGUUGGCCGUUUCUAUUCCGGUGUUUCUUUUGGCCAUUAGCGGCUCAUGUUGCUUCAUCCUCACAAUAACUUCGUCGAUUCUCCUCAAGCAGCAUUCCCGUCAAUUUUCUUCUCAAACUAACAAAAUGCAACGUUCUUUCAUUUUAUCAUUGGGAUUACAGGUUAGAAGUUUUUCUUCAGAGUUAAGUUGAUUUCUUUGUCUGAUAUGAAGCAAGAAAAAAGUCAUUCCAAAUGCGACUCGGAAAAAAACCCUUUCCCUCCUACUGUAUUCAGAUAUCCGCUAACAAGCUUUUUCAAAAGAUUAUUAACAGUUUUUUUGAGGAGAAAAAUUAUUUUCGUUUUCAGAUGUGCAGUCACACGAUUUUCAGCGGCGUUCCAGUUAUAGUCAUUCUGAUUCAUUAUUUCAAUGACAUCCUAACAAAGGGUAAUUGGUUCAAAAUUAGAUUUCUGAGGUGUUUAGGAGCUCCGAAAUCGCGAAAAAAGCUGAUGAAGCUUUUCCGAAUGGAAUAUUCAAGCUUUGAGACCUUUAAAAGCGCGGAAAAAAAGUUUUUUUAAAAAAUUCAAAAAAAUCUGUUCAUGAAUUGUUGAACUUAUAAGAUUUUUUUCCAUAUAAUCUCCUCUCAGAACUUCUGAACACUUGCAUGGUGAUUUUCACUCUACACGGAAUCGUUGCAACGCUCAGUAUGAUGGUUUUCAAUUGUACCUAUAGACGCGCCGCCAAAGAUCUCAUUUGUCAGAGUUAGUCAAACUUAUCCUAUUCAUCUUUUGUUCUCCAGAAAUCUAAUUCUCAAUAAUGAACCAUUUACAGUGCUGCACGUUGGACGAAGGCAGCCGCAAAUUGACCGAAAAUCUCCCCAUAUUCAGACAGUUUCGCCUUCGAUAGUCAUAGGAUAAAAACCAGAAACCAACCAUGAUUUGAUAACUUUAAAUAGGAAAGUUGUACUAAGAAUUCUAACAGAACGGCUUUAAAAGCUUUUUCAAAACUUUAACAGGUGCAAAAGGAAGAUGAAAAAAAAGCGUCGCCGGGUACGAAAAAAUUAAAAAAAAUUACUAAUUUCGAUGCAUCUGCUAGACAAGGAAACAAAUGUCACUAUUUCAUUUCUGAUCUGAAAAUGCCGUGUCCCGAGUGGAGUUCUUCUCUUUAUCAAUGGCUUUUACACAGCAUCAUGUUGAUCACUGUCCCCUUGUAUUUAUUUGCAUCCUAUUGUUUAUUGAAGAAAUCUCCGACUUUCCUAAAACCUUAUUCAAAUCGGAUGUUUGUGCACAUAACAAGGUGAGACUUGAUUUUGAUAGGGAAAGAAAAUUCAAGAUUUUCAGCUGUAUAUUCACAGAAACGUUGAUUUGCCUUUGCGGUGUUCCGGUCCUUUUACUACCGAUUUUCGCCGGCCUUCCUGCCGGCUAUCCCGCUGGUUUUACUCGUCAUCUUGGCGUGCCUACUUAUAUCCAAGAGACCAUAGAGCUCUCUUUACUUGCCAGUGAGCUCAAUUUUUCAUGGAAACUCCAUGAAAAAAAGAAGUCUUGUCCAAAAGAAGUGAUAUUUUACAGCAGUAAUGGUUUCAACACUUCAUUUAUUUCUGUACCGAUUUUUCGCUGUCCUACCGACAGAGCAUCCUUUGCUUCCAAAAAGCAGAAGCCGGCUAUUAGCGGUGCUUUCGGCAAUGUAUUCGAUUGGAGUUGGGCCGAUUGCAAUCAUAUCUGCGAUUACAUUGAAUACGGAUCAGAAGGCUUUGAAGCUAAAAGUCAUAGAAGUAAGUGAAAACCAGGUAAAAGUUAGGCGGAGUUCUGAGAAAAAAACGUUCACAAUUUUUUGAAAUUUUUACACUUUUUAAAUAGGAAUAGUUUUGAACUAGAAAUGAGCUUUUCAAGUGGCGGCUUUAGGUGCUACUUAGACCGUGAACUCCAGUGAUUCAUCUAAAUUCUGAAAAUCAAUAUCAUCAAGUCAUAGUUUAUCCUUUUUUCCCAGGCGUUUCGCGCUUUAAAACCGUGAGCGCCCAUGAAAUAUCCAAUAUAUCAACUUAAUAUCCUCAAUCGAUAAUUCAUUCUAUUUGUUCUCCAGGUCUACGGUUCAUGUGUUCCGCCUCUUCUGAUGGAAGACUACGUCUACGUUCUCAACACCAGAGAUUCUGGAGUCGUAAUUCUAUCUUUCACCUUAUUUUCAACAACCGGAAUGGUUAUAUUAACUUGCUUCGGAUUAACAAUCGCUUGCUUCAUUAUUCUCCGGGGCUACACCAGUCACUUAUCUGCCAAAACCGUCAAAAUGCAUCGAACUCUUAUCGUAUCUUUAUCUCUACAGGUUCAAAAAACAAGUUACCGCUGAUCUUAAAUCCACAUGAGCUCAGGCAUUUUCCUACUCUUUGAUCAGCGGAAUCCCAGCCGCUAUCAUUGGAGGUCAUUAUGUAAGGGAAACUUUAACCAAUGGUAAAAUAAUCAAUCUUAUGAUAAACUUCAUGAUUUUGAAAAUUCAGAAAUAUUCGAAAAGUUUUUCAUUAUGCUCAAUUUUCACGGCACCGUCGCGAUUCUUAGUAUGCUUAUUUUGAAUACGACCUACAGGCGAAUGGCAAAAGAAUUGCUUUAUCAAAGUUAGCUCCGAUUUUCUGAUAGAACUUUUUUGUCACUAGUGAUGAGUACUAUAGGCCGUUCGCCGCGACUUGACACUUUUCGAGUGUCUGCGUCUCUCUGUUCCCUCACCGGCGAGGUCAGAGAAACGUAAAAUUACCACGUCAACAUGAGAGAGUCGCCGAGAGACGAGGAGGGCGCAGAGAAAAAAAGAGUUUUGAUCUGCGAAAAACGGAGUAUUUCCAGUACUAAAACGACAGUUUUGAUACAGUAAUUUCACAGUACUACCACUACCUCUAUUGUUUAACUUGAUUGCAAAAAUCCUUGAUUUGCAAGGUCAAAUGGUUGUAGUGACCCGACGGUCACGGACCUAAAAUCAAAGGAAUUUACACAUUGGAAGAAACAGAUAGACAGUACUGAUACACACUCAAAGUUGAUACUCUUCAAAUAAAAAUAGCGAUUUUCAGUUUUCCACGGAGGCCGACUGCAAAAUCAAGCACGGAGAAACUCGCCUUCUGUCAUUCUAGUCAGGAGUAUUGACCUUCUAGCGCGGGAAUAGAUUUCCGAAAAAUCAAACUAUUAUUAUUACUGUCAUCUCAUUUUAUCACGUCGACUAGUCGGUCUCAUUGCCGCUCUCUCAUGUGAUAUAAUAUUCCGACGCCCGUCGGUUCUGGACAAGCUGGGCGCUGUACUGUUCCAACAUGGUGAAUCAGUUUAUUCGCUGUCACACCGGGACUUAUUGGACAACGAUUGUGGAACGACUAACUCUUCGAUUAUGCCAUGAUUCAGCAGAGAUUUUCUUCAGCUUACUCUGAAGACUCAAUAAAUCAAAAUCGAAAUUCAAAUUGAAAAUCAAACUAAUAAAUAUAUUGAAUUCGGAACAACACUGGAAGUUGAAAGCAUAAAACACGAAUUUCAAAAAUAAAAACGUCAUGCCUUAAAAAUUUUUUUAUCACAUUUUCUAACAUUUACUGUCAUUUUAAUGUUUUUUUGAGAAAAAAAUCAAUAUCAACUUUGCGCCAUAUAUAUAUAUAUAGUUAAUCAACACAUUCUACUUUUUACCAAGACAACUUUACGGCCAGUAUUUCAAAAAUUAAGCUUUCAUAACGGGAUUUAAACGGAAACAGAAAAAAAAGUGAAGAAAUAAGCGGAAAACGGUAAUGAAAUUUCUAGAGAAACUGCUGUAAAUUGCAUUUUUGGCGCAAAAUCAUUACAUUCUUGCUCCGCUCCCACUUUUUAAUCAAUUUUUUUCUAUAGAAGAAAGAAUGUUUUUUUAAUUUUUUUGAAGAAAUCUUAAGACGAAUAGAAGGCUUCAAAAUAUGAAAUCGGAAUCUCAAAAAUCCACGUUUUCGACCUAAAGUUCCAAUAAUCAACCUUUUUCUUAAACUCAUAAAAAAGGUUUUUUUCGUUUUUUUUCACAAAAGAUUCAUACCAAAAACUAAAUUUUUCUCUUUUCUAAUCGGAAAAAAAUUUAUUAUCAUUUGAAUUGGAGAAGUGAAAUAUGAAAACGAGGUACGGUAUGUUUGACGCAUACACACAGACGCCCAUUCGCACGAAUUUUUCCAAAAAAAUUAAGAAAAUGCAAUUUUUCGAGGUUUUUUUCAUCGUUUGAAUUUUCGCACUGCUAGAAUUUUUUCAUUUUUUUUUCUCAACGAUAGUUUUUUGGUCGUUUGACAAAAUAUCAAAAAUCUAGACCUUGUACAACGGGUCAACGAAUCAAGAAAAAAUUGUAAGUUUUCGUAAGUUUUCGCUGAUUUCAAAAAACUUCCUAAUAUCAUGUCUAAACAGUUUUCCUUUAUUUCAAUCAUAUCAGCAUGCUAUGGGUCAACUAAAAAAAAGUAUAGCACGGCGCUGAAAAUUUUUCGCAUUUGAACCUCAAACUUUAGUACUACUUUGCAAGUUCAAAGUUUUUUAUGGACCGCUCGAUUUUUUUUAUAUUUAAACUCAUAAAUUCAAGAAUAUCUUAAUGAAUAUAAUGCUGAAAAAGCAAGAGUGCCGGACAUGUAUAUUUCUGAAACUCGAUGAUAUUGUAAAUUUUGUUUAAAAAUUUCAAUAAUUUCUUUUUGAGUGUAUUUUUGAAAAAAAUGGAAAAAUUUGAAUGUAUUCAGUUUUUUUAGAACGAUUUUAGAAUACCUAAGUUUGGUCAAAAAAGAUAUUAUUCAACUUCCGGGUUGAACUGCUUGAAACACUUGAAAACCGUUUUUGCAAUGAAAAAAAUCGUCAAUUAGGUGGUGUGAAGAGGCGGGGCUUUGCGCUCUCUAAUUAAAAUACACUGAACGAACCUUCCUAGAAUCCUUCUGCAGCUUUUCUUUGAAUUUUUUUAAUAAAUAAAAACCUUGGAGCAGGUGCAAAAAGAAUUGAACAAGCGAACAGCAGUUUCGAAAUAAUUAAGAAAGAUAUUAAAUUCGAUUGGAUUUGAAUACAGCUGCCUUACGAGCAACUUCUUUGUCAUUCACUCGGUUUACAAGACUCGGAGGAUGUCCUGUCCUCAUUGGGACUCUAACCUUUAUCAGUGGCUUUUACACGGUGUUCUGCUGAUUUCUGUUCCUCUCUAUUUAUUCGCUUCCUACUGUUUAUUGAAAAAAUCAUCACGCACUCUAAAACCCUAUUCGAAUCGGAUGUUCGUCCAUAUUACAAGGUAAACUAUGACCUUGAAAAAAUUUAAAAACUUUCAAAAAUUUUUCGACUUUGUUUGGUAACGCGAACCAGACGACCCGAACGUAUCGGACUAUUUCUAGUGACCAUUUUAGCAGGGUCAGCACUUAAGAGAUCCCUAGAAAUGCUCAGAAGCAUCUGUAGCGUUUGGUUUUCGUUGCCGAGGUACGAGUUCAGAGGAAUUCUUUUUUUAAAUUAAUAUUUACAAACGUUUUGAAAAAGUUUUCUAUGAUCUAUGAUGAAUGGCUCGAAGCAUCGUAAGAAACAUUCGGAUGUUUCCAUAACUCUUUUCUAUGCUACCGCGCGCAAGUAGUUUUGAGUCGGGAGCGCCUUGAAGCCUGCUUCGAGUCAUUGCAAGUGCGAUCAAAAGAUACAAAGGAAAUCAAAUCGAUCUUAUUCAAUUUUUUCAAGUUGUGUGGUCACUGAAGUGACAAUCUCGUCCUGUGCGGUUCCCGUAUACUUCUUACCGAUUCUGGCCGGUUAUCCAGCCGGAUUCACCCGUUAUCUGGGCAUACCAACGUAUCUUCAAAUAGCUAUAAGCUUCGCUCUGUUAGCUAGUGAGUUUUUUUUUAAUGAAAGAAAAAAAAACGCCACAAGUUUUCAUUCAACUAAAGCCUGGCUUGUCUGCGCUCUCUUCUCUCUACUCAGGAAUUUCAUUGAACGAUGAAAGUUGCUGGAAAAUUCAGAGAGCACAGAGAAGCCACAAAACUUAAUCAUAGCAAUUGGGGUACAUUUUUCUUUCAAACUUUUAACUUAGGCGCUGUUCGCUUCAGAGUACGUCAAAAAAAAAGUUAUAAUUACAGCCGUUAUGAUGUCAACUAUCCAUUUAUUCGUUUAUCGAGUUCUCGCCGUCCUUCCCCUUGGACAUUUUCUGAUCCCGAAAACAAAAUUAGCCUUGCUAGCGAUACCAGCCUCGAUUUACACUUUCGGAGUGGGUCCAAUUGGAAUUUUAGCCGCGGUUGUACUGAACACGGAUCAGAAGGUUUUGAAGCUCAGAGUAGUUGAGGUGGGUCAAGGCUUCGAAAGUACCCGAGUUAUUCUUACUAAAGUUGUACUUUGAAUCGUGAUUCUUAAAUGAUUUCAAGAUUUUUCAGCUGCUCGGGCAAAUCUAGAAAAAUUGAAAUUCAUAAAUCAUUUAUCAAAAAAUUAUAAUUCUAGCUUGUCUGCCUUCUUUUUUAUGUUUUCAAGUUAACUCCUGUUUUUCUCUGACCUCUUAGGCAAGAGAAAAGAGAGCGCAGACAGGUCAGAUCAUUUUUUUCAAAGUUUUUUGAUUCUGAAAACUUUGUGGCUUUGACAAAGAUCCUUCAACAGCCUCACAGAAAAUAUUACUGUAGCCUUCUAUUAAAUCACUUCAAAGUAAGAAUUUAUGGUUUCUUCAUUCUUCGAUCUAUGCUCGAUCUUUUGAUACAAACGUUUCUUUCAGGAGUACGGAAAAUGCAUUCCAUCAAUUUUCUGGGAAGACUACGUUUACGUUCUCAACACAAAAGACCCGGGAAUCGAAUUUUUAUCAGUUUUCCACUGCUCCAUCUCGGUUCUCAUCGCGGUUGCUUGCAUCGGCCUCACAUUAACCUGCUUCCUUCUACUCAAACAGUUCACCCAACAUUUAUCCGCUCAGACGAUCAAAAUGCAUCGCGCCUUAAUCUUAUCUUUGUCACUACAGGUGAGUUUCUAA